AUGGUGAAAGGGAAACUGGUUCUUCUUUUUGCCGCCUUACUGUUUUUGACCGUCGCCAUUCCCGUCUCCGCACAGCAGUCGACGUCCGAGCACCUCAUUGUUUUUAAUGGUUCCAACUGGGGCCCUGUGGUAAGCGGCAAGAAGACGGUUCUAGAAGCAGCCCUUGUGGACAGUAUUACUCUCCAGUUGUUGCGCAAGUACGCCUUCAACACCACCGUCAACGUAACAUCCCUUUCCGCCGAUGGCGAACUGAAAGCCCAAGUCGAGGUGCUGCAGGUUGUGCUGAGUACCGCUCCCACCCCGGAUCUUCAGGAUGUUUGGGGGCCAGAGGAGGUGAACUCCAUGAUCACCCGAUCAAACUUUCAGACAGUGCUGGCAUUGUAUCCUGGGCCUGGGAAGGCAGUCCUCGUAAGUGUCUAUGUGCCUGAAAAUGGAAAAAGUGACAGGGGACCCUCAAUCAUUUUUUGGAGCAUGAUUUUCAUGGGAUCUGUGGUGGGUGCGCUGAUGCUCAUCACAUUUGCUGUUGUCGCCUGUUGCAGCUGCUGCGUUUAUGCAAAGCGCUGA